AUGGCUUCAGAAGAAGCCACUCCUCCAGCAACGUGUUCCAGUUCCAGGAUGCGAUUUUUCUCCGGAACCAUGCAUGUGACUCAGGUGUGGCAUUGGCCCCAAGAAGGAGAUGAUAAAUCUCAUCAGGGCAGCCGCGAGGGAGCUGCGCUUGAGGGGGACAGGACAAAGUCGAACAUGAAUGCCGUCCCGCUGAAGCCAUUGAUGGACAUCUUGGUCAGAAAGGACAAGGAGUUGCCCAAGAAAGUCUUCGGCCAUGGCAUGAUGGCUCAGUUUCAGGCGAUGAAGGAAAUCCUUCUAGCAGGAGACACAAAUCGGCUCGUGGCCGAGCUAACAUUUGUGCGGAUCAAUGAUCUGGCAGCUCCACCAGAAAAAAUACAUCCUCUGAUUUUCAUCGAGCCUUUCGUCGCAGUGUUGAUCAUUGCGAACGGUAUCAUGAUCGGAUUCCAGACGGACCCCAGCUACGAGGACUGGAGCGGCUGGAUAUACCUUGAGGUGAUCUUUGCCGUGGUUCUGAUCAUUGAGUGCUGCUUUCGCGUUCACCUAUCCGGGAUCAAGAACUACUUCUGUGGUACCGACUGGGCCUGGAAUUACUUCGAUCUCUUUCUUUUACUUACUGGCAUGACGGACAUCGUCGUGGAAGUUGCGGUGCAGACGCAAUCUGACUUCUUUGGAGCUUCGCUUCUCAGAUUCUGCCGGCUGAUCCGGCUGGUACGAGUAGUCAAAGUCUUCAGACUGAAGUACAUGAAGGAACUGCGCUUAAUGGUCAAGGGCCUCGUAGGCGGUUUCCGUACUCUUUUCCUCUCGUUUGCCUUGCUAUUUGCCGUUCUGUAUGUCAUUGCGGGCUUCGCUACGAUGACCAUUGGUCGGGAUAAGCUGGUUGCAGAGAUGGGGCUAACCGGCCACUUCCAGAACAUCCCUUCGUCCAUGUUUACGGCCUUCAGAUGCUUCUCGGGGGAGUGCUUCGCAGCGUCAGGUCUGCCAAUUGCGGCUGUACUAGAAGAGUCGCAUGGCUUGCCGUUUGUCCUCGGCUAUGUGGUUUGCUACAUGCUCGUCUCCCUGGGUAUCUACAAUGUUAUCCUGGCGGUUUACGUCGACAUCACGAUGAGAGCUGCCAAGGAGUCCGAGGCCGUCACCGCCGAGCAGCACUCACGCGAGUCGAUCAGAAUUGCGCGCACGACACGUGAGCUGUUGAAGAAGUUUGCGGCAGCAUACCGGCAGUUCCAAGAUCUGGACGAGCCGACUACGAAGAAGUCCCUUGACUUCAGCCCGAUGGAGUCCAACUUCACGGAUGAGGACAUUCACGGCCACAUCGCGAUCACAAAGGAGUUGUUCCUUUUGGUCAUCCAGGAUCAGUCAGUGCAAUUCCUCAUGGAUGAGCUGGAGCUCCCACAUGAUCGUGCCAACUUGUUCGAGAUCAUUGAUGCCGACGGCAGCGGAACGCUUCACGUGACAGAGCUCGUGCAGGGGCUUUUGAAGAUCCGUGGAGAAGUCAAAAAGAGCGAUGCUGUCGCAACACUGCUCGCAACAAAAGCCAUCCAGAACCAGCUGGUGGAAAUCAAGGCAGAAGAGAGGGAGUUUCAGAGCACGGUCUUGAAGCUUCUCCAGCCCUGGAGGUAUUUUCGGGUGGAGGAGUAUGGUAAGCUUCUGGUCUCAGGUGCUGUUCACGUUGAUGUGUGUUUCUAG